CUUUCACCAACCUUCCCUCCCCACGACGCCAUUAUUCUCACCUCACCCCGUGAUAUCCACCAGGGACAGGGAAAUCCGGAUAACCCAGCAAUCACCCAGUCGAGUAUCUCCACGUGUCGGAAAUCUCUCCACGUCAGCUACUCAACCUCCAGCCUUCUAGCAAAAGCGUCCCCUUUUUUAGGAUAGUCUCACUCUUUUUGCCCAAAAAGAAAAUUGUAAAAUUAAGAGCUGAGUCGGAACGGAGUUCGAUGAGCCCCACCGCCUACCGACGAGCCCGAACCAAGAUCCGACGGCCCAAAUUCCUCAGCCUACGCCGGCAUCUAGUCCCCCCGCCGCCGGAGAUGGCCUCCGUCGCCACCGACCCCGCCGCCAAUGACGGGGUGCCCGCGUGCCAGCAGCUGGAUCUCUUCCCGCUCCAUCCGGAGCACCACCUCCUUCAGGACAGGGAACCCCCGGUCUCCUGUCUACUCGACGACGACGACGGCGGGGGCGGGGCACCCACCCUCACCGCCCUCCUCGGCGGCGCCACCUCCACCGGAGACGGAUCGUCGCCUGCGGCGUCGCCGGUAUCGUCGUCGGCGGUGUGGGACGGCGACGGGGACGGGCUGGCCCGAAGGGUGCUGCGGGGGCGGGAGCGGUGGGUGUACUGCUGCUCCUCCGCCGCCUCCUCGUCGGAGGAGGAGGUCGCCAGCAGCGGCACCGGCGUCGAUCUAUGGUGCGGUGCGCCGCAGGCGCUCUUGCUUAAGCUGGACUACGAGGAGGUUCUCACCGCCUGGUCCGAUCGGGGAUCCCUCUACAUCGACGGGGAUGGACCUCAAGUCGUUCCUGAGCUCCACCGUACCGCCUCUCCGGUGUUCGUGGAAGUGGGGAGCAUGGGAUUGAGGGUGCUGGAGAGUGAUCGGGCGGAGGAGGGGAAGGAGGUGGGGAACAGGGAAGCGAGGGUGAUGCGUUACAAGGAGAAGAGGAGAAUCCGGCACUUCUCCAAGCGGAUCCGUUACGAGGUGCGGAAGCUCAACGCCGACAAACGCCCGCGGUGGAAGUUUCGUGCAGGGUCGAUUUGUAAGGAGGAAAGAGGAGUGAGGAUCUUUCUUGAUCAACAAAAGAAUAGAGGUGAAAUAAGGACAACUAGUUAAUUAGGUUUCACCUUCCUGUGGAUUAUUUUUAAAACCAAGUAUUUGGUUGUAUGGGCUGCUGAAGCUGUUAAACUGUAAUGAGAUGUAAUAUACAAACUGAAAGAGAUAAAUCAAGAUGCUUUUCUCUGUA